UGAGUCGUCGACGAGCUUGUAGACAAGUGGGACACAUCAACUUGACUAGUCUUCUCUCUGGAUAUCGUCUGUUGAGACGCAGUGGAGAAGGAAUGUCUUCUUGUCCGUGUCCAUCAGGGGCUGUGGAGUUUUUUUCGUUCGUUUUGUUUAAAAAAAAAUAAAAACAAAGAGGGAGUCAGAGUGAGCGAAGACGCGCGAACUGCUUUCCUUUUCGUACGAGAAAAGACUUGGUCUCGUCAACGUACUCACCGACAUCUGCCAGUUCCGUGCUCUGGUUUCGUCGUUUUAAACUACGAUCUCAGCGACCUGCAAUAAUUGCCGGUAAGGCUAAAAAAAAUCUGACGGGAGACCAACAAACAGAUUCACUAACCAAACCCCAAAUCUCACUGUUUCCGUGGUUGGGUGUCUUUGUGUAGUUUACACAUUCAUAGGAGCGAAUCAUGGGGGAGCCGCUGGGGCAACUAAAAGUGAUGGUUGUGCAAGGAAAAAGAUUGGUAAUCCGGGAUUUCAAGAGCAGCGAUCCUUAUGUGGUAGUCAAGUUAGGCAGUCAGACGGCAAAGACCAAGGUUAUCAACAGUUGCCUUAAUCCUGUUUGGAAUGAAGAGCUAAGUUUCUCGCUCUCAGAACCUGUUGGAGUUCUAAAUUUGGAAGUGUUUGAUAAGGACCGUUUCAAGGCCGAUGACAAGAUGGGACAUGCCCACCUCAGCCUUCAGCCAAUAGUCUCCGCUGCUAGAUUGAGACAGAUUAUAGGGGUUUCCUCGGGCGAGACAACAUUAAGGAAGGUCGUCCCGGACAGUGACAAUUGUCUUCUUGUGGAUAGCUCAAUCAGCUGUGUAAAUGGCGAGGUCGUGCAGAGCGUUUGGUUAAGGCUUUGCGGAGUGGAGUCUGGCGAGAUUGAGCUGAAGAUCAAGUUAAUUGAUCCUCCUGUUGCUCCGUCAAGGUAGUGCAGCAUCUACAGUUGGCAUAGGCUUUAGGUUUCUUACAAAGGAGGGGAAGAGGUGAAUAUGUAUCUGUAGUUUAGUUUAUCCUCAUGUAACCCCUGAAAGAGAUGUUUAAGGCACUUCCAAUGUAGAAUUAGUAUACGAUUUUAUGAAUGUCAGUUGGCUAGAGUUGAAUCAAGCUGGUUUGUUUAGAUUUCUCUUUCUCAAGCCCUUAAAACAUAUUGUUAACUAAGGCUUGCAAAUUUGUAAGCUGUUGAAUGUAAGCUUGGAAUUUGACA